CUGAAAAUAGAGUUCAGUUCUUUUUAUCAACCCCCCCAUACAGACAUUACAUCAUAACUACUUGGAACACUCUCGAGUUGGAAAUUUUACACAUAUAAGAGGAAAUCAUUAGCAACACUUGAGACUGAGCUUUGUGUGGAAGAAGAGCCCCUGGUCAGGAGUUGCAGCAGCUACUUUCAUUGCAAGUCCACUUCAGAUAUUCCUGCCUCUAAUCAAGGAAGCAAACAUGUCACGGUUCCUAAGAAAUGAGGACAAUGAGGAGAGCAUGCUAAAUAUGUCUGUUAGUCUAAGCGAAGGGGAAAGUGAUAGGAUGGCCAGAGUAACUAGGUCACUCAGUCUAAGAGAAAGUGAACCAGAGGACAAGUUUGAGGAUGCCCAUGAAAUUAUCCCUGUGGCAACAACAAUGAAUCUCUUAUCAUCCUUGGAAGAAUGUACAACUGGAUUGUAUUUGUUUCUAAAUAACAGAUUCUCCGAUGCAAUCAAUCUUAUCCACCCAUGGUCAAAUAACAGCCCAUACCAUGCCCUGAUAUACAGUAUGCUUAUGAUUGUCAAGGCCAUCCUCACUUUUGAGCCACAGGAUAUUCAGAUUGGAAUGAAUGCUGCAAAGGAAGCUUUGAAAACCUGCAACAAUUUUCGGAAAAGACCCAGGAUGAUGACUUUAUCUCGCCUAGUGAGUAGGCAGGGAAUAAAGUCUAUCAAAGAGGAGGAAUUACAUGCCGAAGUGUGUUAUGCUGAGUGUCUGAUCUUGAAGUCUGCCAUAACAUUCAUACAAGAUGACAGUUUGAUGAGUUUCCUUAAAAGUGGCAUCAAUUUUGGGUCAAGCUAUCAAAUAUACAAAGACUGCCAACAGGUCUUAGAACUUAUGCCUGAUAACCAAAGUAAAACCCACAGACACCUGGAUGGAGGGGUAAAGUUUGGACUUGGAGUAUUCAAUCUCAUGUUCUCACUUGUGCCACCAAAGUCACUUAAACUUCUCAAUAUUGUUGGCUAUUCUGGUGAUAGAGAAGUAGGCCUGGCUUUACUUCACGAGAGUGCAUCUGAGCCUCAUAUCAAUAACAUCCUAAGUGUUUUCACUCUUCUCUUUUAUUACAAUUACGUGCGUGUAGUUGUUGGUGUUGAAAAGGCUUCCACUUCUGCUACAGAGAGUCUCUUCCUAAUCUACCUAGAGAAAUUCCCCAACUGUGUUGUACUUAAAUUUUUUCGUGCACGUUUUAGCAUGCUGAAUGGAAAUUUUGAAACUGCACAGUUAAAGUUACAAGAGUGCAUUCUUACGCAGAAUGAAUGGAAGCAGGUUCAUCACCUCUGUUACUGGGAACUAAUGUGGUGUCAUAUUUUUCUGCAAAAUUGGAAGCAGGCAUACAACUAUGCCAAUUUACUGUCUCAACAUAGCAGGUGGUCUAAGGCAAUAUAUACCUAUAGCAAAGCUAUAAUAAUGGCCUUGCUUCCUCCUAAUUCUGUGAACUCAGAAAAUGAGAGCAUGAGCUCUGUCUUCUUACAUGUGGACAACCUGAGAAUUAAAUUUUUAGGCUCCUCUGUGCCAAUAGAAAAGUUUAUUGCUGAGAAAAGUCAGCGCUAUGGUACUACGACAGGCUGGUUUACAGCACAACCCCUUCUGGAAUUCAUCUAUGCUUGGAGUGGCUUCCGAGUCAUGAGCAAGAAAAUAGAGCUCAUUUCAAGCUGGCUGUCGAUAAUUGACAAAGGGAAAGACCUUUUGAAUGAAAACCCGAAUGAAGAGUAUGGCACAGAUGACAUGAGCUUGUUAAAUUUGCUGAAAGGCCUCUGCCUGAAACACUUGGGCAAACAUUUGAAGGCUGAGCACUACUUUAUUCGUGUUAUCAAGAAGGAGAAAAUGUUAAAAUAUGACCGAUAUUUGGUGCCAUAUAGUUACUAUGAACUGGGAAUGCUGCAUUAUCUGAAGGGAGAUUAUGCCAGUGCAACAAAAAACCUAGACUACAUAAAGAACUAUAAAAACUAUUCCAUGGAAGCCCGGCUACAGUUUAGGGCUCAUAUUGCCCUUGAACAAAUAGCUAAAUUAGAAAAGUGAUUUUUAACCCAGUGUGUUUCUGUUUAGUAUGAGUGG